UGAAUAUACAUGAACAUAGUCAUCAUCAUUUAAACAAUAAUUGGGAUAGAGAGAGAGAGAGUGUAGACUGAAAAAAAAAACAAAAACAAAAAAUAAAGUCAAGAUUUUUACUAGUUAUUAUAGUUGUGGGAUCUGGGGUUUUGUUCACUCUUUUGCUGACACAAGUGUAAAGGCCAAUGAAGUGACUCAAACCUGAAAAAGAAGUUCCAUUUGUCAAUCUUUGAAAAAUUCUUCAAGGCAUAUACUUGUUAAUAAUAUUCCUCAAGAUAGUCUGAGAUCAGUUAUGUACAGAUCAUUUGUCACUUGUGAUGAUCCCAAAGGUGUUAUUGAAGGUAAGACGAUUAAAAAAUCCAAGAUCGACCUUCAAAAUAUCGAAGAUCAUAAGGUAUCUAAGGAUUUUGCAAGAGACUUGUUGAAAGGAGCUUUUGAUUUACAAGAGUCUUUAGUGAUGUUGGGGAAAUUGCAAGAAGCUUCUGAAUAUGUGACAGGGUUGAGGAAAAGAGAAUCUGAUGCGACUGGCGUUGGCAAGACUAAAUCCGAACGUCUUGUUGCAGAUCACAGGUAUAAUAAUAACAAGGAUGAGUUUGGAAAGAGUAGUCUUUCUGUUGAUCGUUCUCGCGAUUGUUAUGAUGAGCUAAGGGAAGUAAUAAGAGAUAGCCUUGCUAGACAAAAUCUGUUGCCACCAUGUUGUGCUUCAGAAAAGGCUCGUUCUGGUAGAAGAAAAAUAGACUUGUAUCAAGAUUUUCCCUCUACUAGCUUCACUAGCUUGAGUGAGACAUCGAUGGAAAAGGCUUGUGUUGCUGAUGCUAGAAAACUGGUUAUGUCACCCGAGUUGCCGUCCACUAGCUCAAGCCAAUUUGCUUCCUUUGAUUGUUCUCGAGACAAGGAGAAACCAAAAGUACCAAAUUUGAUUGCAAGGCUAAUGGGACUUGAGGAGAUUCCUUCAACACCUCUGCAUCAAAAACAAUUAGAGAAGGACAUGAUUUUCAAGCCAACAAGGCCUAUAUUCGAAAUAGACUUGCCAAAGGCAAAGAAGCUGUCCGUCAUCAACCAGAAGGCGGAUCCAAAACGGAGAACACUAGACGGAAUAAUUGAAACCAUGCAAUUCAAAGGCCUUUUGAGAUGCAAGUCUAAUAAUGUGAUCUCUCAUCAAUUGAAGAGUUCUGCUGCUGAUGCUCCUCCUAUUGUGAUCAUGAGGCCUGUUUACGCUCCUGAAGUGCAGGCAGAAAGGUUUUCGACCUCCAUCCGUGAUGAAAAUCCCCUGGACACUAAAAAUUCAUUUGGUAAACGGAACUUAAAGGAAGAGAGUGCACCUGUGAAUUUCACUGUCCAUCGGAAAAUGCAUACACGAAACAUUCAGAAGAGUAGCUGUAUCCCCGAAAAAGGAUCCAAGGACCAUAAUGAAGAAACACUUUCUUUGACAAAAAAUAGAGCAUCGUCUCCUGGAAGGACUAAGCAACCAAAGAAAGAAGUGAUAGAUAAAAGGGUUGAGAGAACUCAACGAGCUCCUGGUGCAAAGAGAUCUGGAGAAAUGAAAAAUGUUAGUCCCAAUAACACUACUAAAGUGCAAGAUCAAAGUAAGAGGACCACUGCAAAAGUGACGAAACCUGAGAAAAAGUCGAAUGUACCAGAAAAACUUGUUGCAUCCCAACGUAGCGCUGACUCAAAGCGCAUCACAGCCGUUGUAUCUCAAAACUCCAGAAAUAGGAAGAAGAAUGUCAAAACUGACAAGUCAGUCAAGAGUUCCUCUAUUGUCCCUGUUGUUGAGAAUAUGGAGCACAACUGUGAACAAGACAGUGAUAUAACCGUAACAAACCUUACGUCCUCAGAAGAGCCGCCUUGUGAGGAAGUGGCGGAAAUCUCCAAGAGUGUAGUCACUGAUAAUCUUAAGAAUGGUGAAUGUUCCGCGACUGAAUCUACCAUGACAUUAAUCCAGUGUGACCAUAAUAUCCCACUAAUGGAGCACACUAGGUAUCAAAUCCGUCAAGAUUCAACUGAGAAGGAAUUUCUCAAAUCUAGAGCCACUACACGACACAUACUGUUGAGUAACGAAUCAUUCCUCAGUCGGGCAGAGGAGCUUUUCGACACUGAUGCAUGGGAACCAACAGUUUGGAAGACAGUAAGUGUGGAGAAUGAAAUGCCUAACAGCACACUCGUACUAGAUUGUGCAAACGAAUUGUUAGAAAACAAAAGGUCUCAGAGCGCCCUGACAAUAUCAAAAAGUCCCGUUAACAUGUCAAGAGUCUCCAUUUCCUUUGACAAGCUGUUGAAUGAAAUUUGUGAUGCGAUUGAAGUCUUGAGAAGUCACACUAAGGUUGAUGCCAAUAUCCUUUCAGUAGAUACUCUUUAUGCCUUACACGAAAGAGAUUUAUCGUGCAACGGAGUGAUUAGUACAACAUGGGAUCUUGGUUGGAGAAAUGCAUUUACUCUGGAUGAAGUUGAACAAAUAGUGACUGACAUUGAGAAGCAUGUUGUGAAUGGAAUUAUCGACGAUGCACUUACUGAGCUCACACUAUAGUUACUUCGAAUCUUCAAAGCUAAGCAGAUCCAGGAUUUGAAGUUUAUAGGUACGAUGACUCUUCACUUGUCACAGAAGCCACAAUCCAUUUGAUCAUAUUUAGUGGAUUUGAGCCGAAGCUAUUGAGUUCUACUGAAUCCGCAACGUAUAUUGUAACUUUGCCUCUGAAUAUAUUCAUGUUGACAUACAUAAUGUGUAGAUAUAAAUACUCUUAUACUUACAGAGUAUUGAAGAAACUGUAUUUUUAGAAUUACAGAAUAACACAAAGCUGAAUGGCUAUAAUAAUAUUGUUGUACAUUUAUUGUUGACAGAGAAAUAUAAUGAAGUCCAUUUUUAUUUUUAUUUUU